GACCUGGCCGGCCCGCCCUCUCCGAGCGGGGGAAGCAUGUCCAAGAUGCCGGCCAAGAAGAAGAGCUGCUUCCAGAUCACCAGCGUGACCACGGCGCAGGUGGCCAGCAGCAUUACCGAGGACACGGAGAGCCUGGACGACCCGGAUGAGUCCCGCACCGAGGAUGUGUCUUCUGAAAUCUUCGAUGUUUCCCGAGCCACCGACUACGGCCCCGAGGAUGUCUGUGAGCGGAGCUCUUCCGAAGAAACUCUCAACAACGUGGGUGAGGCAGAAACUCCCAGCAGCGUCUCUCCCAAUCUCCUCCUGGACGGGCAGCUGGCUGCGGCUGCUGGUGGGGGAGCUGCCGUGCCACCAGCAGUGGUCCCCAAUGGGGGGGCUGUGCCCAAGAGCUCUGCCGUGCCCCUGCCAGCUCAACCUGCCUUGCCCUCCUCUGCGCCUGCUGCGCCUGGGGCAAUGGCUCAGACAGUGGCUGCUGCAUGCAGCUCACGUUUCAGAGUGAUCAAGCUGGAUCACGGUACUGGGGAACCCUACAGGCGAGGACGAUGGACUUGUGUGGAGUAUUAUGACCGGGACUCUGAUGGCAGUGCUGUCUUGGGCAGGACUGGAGAUUGCAUUAGGCACAGCAGCACCUUUGAGCAGGCUGCUCAAGAGAGGGACAGUGGGCUCGGUGCCACAGGAGGUUCUGUCAUCGUCUCAGCUGUGCCAGCGUCGGCACAUGGCCCUGAUUCCAUAGCUGACAGUUCCCUUCCUGCUGUGUCACAGCUGCUCCAGACAGAGAAGAUGAACCAGGCCUCUCUACAGCAACCUAAUUUUGUCAUCGGGCAACAACAGCAGUCGCAACAACCCAUAGGUGGGGCCAUGCCUCAAAGUACUGCUCAGUCUAUGUUUUCUGGAGCUUCAGUAGCAAAUCAGCAGAUAAUGGUGCCACAGCAAUCACAGCCACAGGUAAAUACGCAGAGUGUUGCACAGGCUGGACCCAAUGGAAAAGGCAUAGCACCUCCAAAUGUAACGAUGGGCCAACCAAGCAUUCCUGUGGCACAGCAGCAGGUGCAGCAAGCAAGCGUACCAGUGACUCAGCCUCAACAAUUUACUUAUUCUCAGUCCCAGAUUCCACCGGUGCACCUACUGCCAACGCAACCUUCUGGUCAGUCUGAAUACAUGCAACACAUGACAAUUAUGCAGCCGCAAGGAGGUAUUCAGCAGGCUCCUGCAGGCUCUGUAUCAAGUACUGCGGCCUCCAACCUGCCUGUGGGACAGGUGGUUGGCCUGAGCCCUUCACCUGGGGGAGCACCCGUGAUGGGGGUGCCAGCGCAGCCAGGUGAAGCAGUUGCACAGGGAUCAGGAAUUAUGCAAAGUGGCCAGACACAAGCCGGUCAGACUGCUGUCCAGCAGCCAGGAGGUGUGGUGCAGCAAGGAAUUGGACAUGCAGGGCUUGUGCAACAGAAGUCUGUGGCUCAGCAUCAAAUGAGUGGAAGCAGUCAAGUGUCUGGAAUGCCUGGUGCUCCCCAUGCCGUGGCUUCUGGAGUUCAGAACGUGCCUGCAGUUGUGCCCGGUACAAGUGUGCCUAGUGUGUCUACCACUUCUGUUACUAUGCCAAAUGUCCCUGUUACUCUGGUUCAGUCACAGCUGCCUAGCCACACUUCUGUCAGCAGAAGUACCGGUGUUGUCCAGCAGCAGCAGCACGUCGGGCACUCCUUGAUACAAGGUGCACCUAAUGUACCUACCAAUCUGUCACAGUCGAACCUCGGACAGUUUCAGGCUCCUGCUCAAUCUGUAGUAGGCCAGAUUGAUGAUACUAGAAGAAAAUCGGAACCCCUACCUCAGCCACCACUUUCUCUUACAGCUGAAAUUAAACCUCUCAUGAAGCCUCCCAUUCCAGACACUCUAGCAAAUCCUCUUCAGUUACCUGCAAGUACUCCUAUGAACAGUCUUGCCAGCUCUGUGUUUAGCAUAUCUAUUCCUGUUGAUGGUGAUGAAGACAGGAAAUACCAUUGGACCACGGUUGCAGGAGGAGGUAUAAAUGAAACGUCUGUUAAAAGAGGAGUGGAGAAGGAAUUCUGUUGUUGGGUUAAACAUAAUCUUGAAAUACCGUAAACUUCACACAGAGUUCCCUGAUAAGCUACUGUUAAGGAAUGGCAACCCCUCUGUGCCCCCUGGGUUGGGCUCCUGAAUAAACCACCCUGUGUGUUUUCAUCUGAAGAGGAGCGACGAUCAGUCUGUAUCACGAGUUGUAGCUGGUAACCAAGUUAAAGGCAGCCUUCUGGUGGUCAGAGCUAUAAACCAACUUCUGUUCCAAAUACUGCGGGGCACCACUGUAUCUCAUCUGUGUAACCUUCAGAAACCAAGGAGGCAAUCACUUACUGUCCAGCAGCAUGCAUCUGCUUGGGCAAUUGGUGGCUGUACCUUACUUUUCCUUGUUACAUGAAUUCCUUACUGAUGGCCACAGUAAAGUCAUGUUCAUAUAAGAUGGUUGUUUUCUUAAGCAAAAUCAAGGUAAUGUCUCUUGACUGUUAAAUACUACCUUACUACCUGCCAUUGCCUAGGGACUGAAUGUGUUUACUUGCUGACUUGAUCUUUGAGCUCUCUGAGUUGCUUUUUUCUCAGAGUGGUUUUUGCUGUUGUGUAAACAAUGUUGAUGUACAAAAUAUACUAGCAUCUUUUCUGUGCUUUGAUAAAUGUGGCUAAACACCUGUAUUUACAGGCACGUUGGCAGGUUCCUAUAAACUUUUGUGCAAAGAAUAAAGAGGCUGGAAGUUUGCUGAAUUUUCCAUCCUUCUGAUGCAAGAGCAUCACUGUAUGAUUAAUGGCCUUGCUUCUAAGAGUAGGAGCAUAAGAGUAAGGGGUGUUUUACGAAUACGUUCUAUUCUUAAGCUUAAUGCUGCUGUCUGAACUCUGUGUGCAACUAACAACUUUGCUUUAGGAUGCUUACCUUUGCUUAAUGCCAAAAAAACCUUACCAAAAUAAAACAAUGGAACUGAAAGGCAUCUUGAUUUCAGAGUAUAAACUAAGCUCUCUACUGCUUUCUAUCCUAUUCCACAGUUAAAUUUGAUUCCUGCAGGAAUUGAUCUAAUUCAAAGGAAGAACUUUAAAGCUCUUACCAGUGAUAUUGUGUGUCUCAAGAAACUGCAGGAUGGGUAUGUGGGCUGAUCUGGGGGCUCACAGGCCAAAAACCUUUUGGAGCAAAUGCUGCUUGAUCUCUUCUAGAAUCAGUGAGGAGUUCUACCAUUCUUGUAAGAGGUUGUCUUUGUUCUUUAUUUGGUUUAUUUGGAAACCAAAUCUGAUCUUUAGUCUUAAACUUUUUCUGCAGUUAAAACCCAUAACGUCUGUACUCUGAUUAUACUUACCUGACAGGGAGAAAAAUUUCUCAUGUCUGCUACUUUAAACUACAUUGAGACUGUAGUUGUCUUCCAUCUAUCUUCAGUGUUUAAAUUUCUCACAAUUCUGAUUAGUGGAAGUAAAAGAAUGUAACACAUCUUCUUGUGGUCUUACUGAGCUUUGGUAGGCUUGUGUCCUUUGGAUACAGUUUGUAUCCAAAACUGUCCGUGAAAUCGAAGGUAAGGGCUCAGGAGGGCCAAGUAAAACAGGAUUUCAGCUAGCGUGUGUAUACCUCCAUGUAGGACAGAGGUAUUGCGAGUUUAAUACUUCUGCAAGAUUUUUAUUUUUUUGACUUAGAUUCUCUUCUGUGGAAUUGCAUUCAGCUACUCAUGGUUUAUACUUGUGCAGCUGAUUGUUGUUACUUCAUGCUUAUCCUUACUGAAUUGCAUCCUUUUUAUUUCAGACCAUUGCUCCAAAGGGGCAGGACCUUCCUGAAUUCUAUUCGUUCUGUCCUGAGUGCUUGCAGAUCAUCUGCAGUUGAAAAGAUAGUCUGUACUCCACUAUCCAAGUCGUGGAUUAAAGUAUCCCAAACCAGACUCAGAGGAGGCCCUGGAGAGCUCUGUUUGAUGCAUCCUUCCCUCCCGCUGAUCCACUGGAGAGCCACGUGUGAGAGUAGUUGAUCAGUUGGACCUCCUUCUUUGUGUAAACCACCAUCUUAAUUACAGAAAUGUCAUGCAAGGUGGCAUUAAAAGCUCAGCUAAUUUUGUAAUACUAUGCUUAUAUCUUGUAUUCUGUCUAUAUGAGGCCUGGUUUGUUUUUUUUUUCUCAUAAGGAAUUUGUUUGACCUAAAUUUCUGAAAAGGUGCCCUGUGCUGCUUUGCUCAAUAAUGGAUGAUCCUACUUUGCUUUGUUUUUUUGUCAGAGGUAUUGAACGUGGUUGUCUGACAUGUUAGCCUUGUGUUCUUCACGCUCAAAGGUGGUACUUUGGCCUUUUUUGUCUUCUCCGUCAUCCCUGUUCACGUUACAGUCAGUGAUAUUGAGACAGAACCGUCUGAAGUGGCGUAGUGGGAACUCUGUGCUUUGCCACCUCAAAGGAGAUGUGGUACCGCUCAGUUCCUCUGGUUGCGGCUCUCAGCUGCUGCCCUUGGCUGGUCACCUAAACGUGCCUUUGGUUGUGUGGGAGCUCUGAUGCUCUCGGCCUUCCUCCAAAGGUGCAGCAGCAGAAAGGCCUUGUGUCAGUGGGGGCUGUGCCUCAGUGCCCUUAUUUCAGUGGAAGGUAUCUGGCUGGGUGCUUGAAGUUCUGCCAGCUUUCCAGGCGGAGUUCUAUGGAGCAGAGUCUGAAUUCGGUGUGUACUGGUCCUGAUUAGCAGCAAUAGGAGGAUGUGCUCCCAAACACGAGGGGAGAGUUUGGGUAUGGUUUAGACUUCCCUUUGAAGGGAAGCUUGCUGCUGUGAGUAAUCAGAACUGAGAAAAUUGUUGUUCUUUAAUUUUAGGUCACAUUUGUCACCUUAGACAGUUAGAAAUGCUAACAGUGGAGUGUGCAAAGGAAACCAAUGUGGUAUCUCUUGUAGGACUUCAUGGAGAAGCUGAGACGUUUUAAAAAAUAGGAUACAGUCUGAAUGUUUAGUCUUCCUAUGCUGGUUGCCUGUGGCAGUCUCUGGGACUGGGACCAUGUGCCCUGGGCAGCCUGCUGUCCUCUGCAGGGCUGGAGAAGGAACCGGAGGUGCUCUGCUGUGGCCGAGGUGUGCUGCUCCCUCUGUGCCGUGCUGGUGGUGCGGCCCUCAGGCUGCAGGCUCUGCUGGGAGGCGCCCGCACCUGCGGUGUGCUUGGGGCCGAGGGCUCUGCCUUUGUGUCCUGGGCCAGGUGCAGGGUGUCAGAAUGGCUUCUGGCAUUUUGGCUGUUAUAUGGCUGUAGAUUACACUACUUCUGUAUGCAGUUUGCUCAAUUAAUUCAUCAAACUGAAGAGCUUUUAGUAAUUCUCUAACCCUUUACUUUUAGCGUGGCUAAAAAUGGGCGAAGUUCAGCCAUGUCAGCUCAGGCCUGUGUGUUACCGCUGUGGGUUUACUUUAAGAUCUAGCUAUAGAGUGGAAACAGUUCUCUUAAUUAUCUGGGCAAUACCAAAAAAUCUCAAGAGCAAGAUGUACAGCUGAGAGCUUAACGAGAAACCUUCAUACCUUUCUGGAUGCUUCCUUAAGUACAGUAGAAGUACAGUGCGAGUUGGGUAUCGGUGUAAAAAAGCUCGGAUGAAAGACAGGCCCUGUGCUUGGAAGCCGCGGCUUUUCAUACCUAGCAAUAGCAACGGGGUUUUGUAUACUGCAAGUAAAUGUAUCUCGGCAGAUAAAUGACUUUCUGUUUACAGCUGCUCUUUGAGGAAGAGAAUUUUCACAUGUCUCAGGCGAGUGAAUUAGAAGAGCGUGGGCCCCAUCUUCCCUGUGAGCAGAGGAAGGCUGUUUUAUUUGCAGAUGCCAAUUGCUUUCUCAUGCUGUCUGCGUAUCACUCAGAUGCCCUUUAUCUUUUGUGUUACUGCAUACUGCUCUCCUGUCAUUAGUUGACUGUCACACAUGUCACGUGUCUUCCGAAAACCUAGAAUCUCUAACUGGAGAGCAUGGCAUUUGUCAGCUUGACCAGGCCACUUCUGUAGCAGCCUUCAGGCUGAAUUUGGAUGUGUGUGGAGGGGUGGAAGGGGAGAUGGAGUGACAAAACCUGCUAACAAAGGAUUCCUGAUCGUCGCUGAUAGGUGGUGUUACUGACCUUGGGAGGUUGCUGGGAAGCAAAUAGCUUCAGACAAAGUUCUGUUAUGGUGCUGCUGCUUUGAUGUUCUUAAAUCGAAAGACUUUAAAACAGCUCAAGUUAUUUAAGAAGUGCUCUUGUUGCGUACCUGUGCUUCUAAUGGUGGUGUAAUCUUCUGUUUUAAAGCCCGUGAUGAGAAAGCAUGAACUAUUAGUGGCAUUUCUACAGGUUGCUGAGUCGUGUUCUGCAGUUGUGCUGUAGCUAUAUUGGUGUGAGGAUAAACGGCAGUGCUGGAAGAAGAGUUUUAAGUGUAAUGCUCUGACAGCUGCUAGCUGGGAAGCAUUCUGACUUUGUGCUUCGUUUCGUAUUCUGUAAGCAGCAAGCCUGCAGAUGAGUCCUCGGAUAACUGUAGUCUUCAGAUUGCACUGUUGGUACGUUGCUGUCUGUGGGGCAAAUAUUUCUGAGCCAUAUUUCUGAGGAGGGUCGGGCUGUCAGAAUUGAGGGGCAGAGUCUGUGCUGCAGUGUUUGGGUCUCAGAGCAGUUUCUGUCUGUGCUGUGAGGGCUGGCGGUGCCCCAGCUGUGCUGGGGAGCAGUGGGCAGGCUGCAAGGCAGAGGGAAGUGCUUACAGACAUAGCACUACCUUGGGUUCUCUUCCACUUUGAACUUAAUCUGUUCUGCAGUUGUAAGUAACUUAAUCUCCCAUAGUUUGGAGGUGACAUACGCUCUGAUUCAGAGGCCCAGCUAGAGAACUCUUGUGUUUCUAAUAUAAAGAGAGCUGUGAAGUGGAACAGAAAUACUGGGUACUGUUUGCAGACAUUCUGUGAAAUAGUAUAGAAAACGUGAAAGGUAUCCUUGAAUUUAGGAAUGUGUAGCACUAGUUACACAGCUUACCUGCAGGAGGCAGUCAGCAUGCUGGGAGGUGUUUCAGUAAUAGCUUUUACAGCACAAACCUUGCUUUACAGAAGCAACUUGAAAUAGUGUGAAUACCCAUAGGGCUUGGGGAUGAUUUUUUUUAAUCAGCGUGUCUCUAAUAGAAACCCAUGGAAACAGUAAGGAUUUCAGUCAGUGAGCUCUUCUAACUUUCGGACAUCAGUGUAAUUUGUCUGGAUAGCUAACUUCCUUUAAUGCAGGUAGAAUAAGAGUUGGCAUUUUUAUUGCAUACCCAUUUUCAAUAUCUCUGUUUGAUUC